UGGCAUUCAAUAGAAGAGCUCCAUUUUAGUAGUAAGUUUAAUUGUAAUUUAUGUAAUUCAAAGCAAGUCUGUUGGAAGUUACUGUGCGGACAUGAGUAAGGCACCGUUCCGAUCAAAGUUCAACUGGGCAGUCAAAGAAGGUGAUUCAACCCGGCAGAUAUCGUACAACAUACAGGCCAAUGAAACUUCCAAUACCAUUCCCCAGGAGAAACUGCUCAAUCCGGAUGCCUGCCUGGUGCUGGAGCCAAAUAGUGACCGGGAGCCGUGCGAGCAAUCCAUCAGUGUGAAUCCGAUGUACCAGGUGAUAAAACUGGCCAUACUAGCGGAAUGCAGCAGAAUUGAAUCCUACGUCGGAAAAAUUCCAGAAUACAACCAAACCCACAGCGGUCAGCUGGUGUUCGCUGACGGAUCGCAGCUCUAUCGGUUCGAUGUGCAGUUCGAGGUUUGCGGAACCGCCGAGUUCAUUCUUCGGUACAUUUCCCCUCGCAACGAGCAGCUUUGUCUGUACGGACUGCACCUGGUACUGGAGAAGAAUUCCAAUCCACUGGGAAUGUUCGCCAGCGAUAGUACGCUGAACCGGGCCAUGAUCGAUCUCCGGGUGGACGAUUCCAAACUAUCUGAAAGGGCGGCUCGGUGCAAGGAAUUCCUGCUAUCAACGAUGACUUCAAGCAGCAACAACCUGAGCAAGUACAAAUCGUUCCAAAAUAUACUCAACUACAACAUCGCAAACGCAGUCUCCGUCGCAUCCGGAUCGACGAGUGGUACCGGAAGCAAUGUAUCAAGGCCAACGCCACAAACCACCGGUGCCGAUCCCGGAGGUACCUCAAGUGCUCCUCGGGGACCUUCGUUGAGUGAGGCAGUAGCCAAACAGUAUAUAGACGGUAAAUUUGCAGCCCUCGAAGCCAAAAUCGAUGCCAGAUUAGAAGCGCUGGAAUCUCGCCAGAACCAAAAGCUAGAUGAAAUGUUGGCUCUUUUGAAGAGUAUUAGCAUGAAAUAAAUAAAUAAGUUCGCUUUUUAGCAUAAGUUAUCAAA